AAACUGGCAGCAGAAUGUCAGAGCGCUGGGCACAGUGGCACCCUUGUUCCCUACAAAUGUGACCUUUCAAAUGAAGAGGAGAUCCUUUCCAUGUUUUCUGCCAUCAAGACUCUCCAUCAGGGAGUGGAUGUGUGCAUCAACAAUGCUGGCCUGGCCCAUUCAGAGUCACUGUUGAAUGGCAAAACCGAUGGCUGGAGGACAAUGAUUGAUGUAGGUGUCACUGUCAAUGAUCUCUGUGUUUAUGUCAACUGCUGUCCAUAUUUAUCUUUUAUUUUUAUUUUCAUUUAGCAGACACUCUUAACCAGAGCGACUCACAGUCAAAAAGCAAGGGAUGUUUUCACUAUCCUGUGUCAUGCUCUGCAUCAUUUAAUAGCAUUUCUUAUUGAUGUAACCGUCAAUCUCUGUGUUAAUGUCACUGACCAUAUUUAUCUAAAAAAAACAAGGUAUGGCCGUCACACGUUCUGUGUCAUUCACUCAAUUUUUUAAUAUCACAUUGAUAUUCAAUGGAUGUAUUUUACAGGUGAACAUCAUUGCAUUGUCUAUCUGCACAAGAGAGGCAUACCAGUCUAUGAAGGAGAGGAAGGUGGAUGAUGGCACAUCAUAA